UUCAAACCCAUGUGCUGCCACCGGGGAGGCAUGUGUGUCUGUGUUAUAGAAAGAUACUGAGGGGAUUCCGGGUCAGUUCAGGGUACGUAGGAGCAGAGAGAAGGAUGAUGAUGGGUUGACAUUUGGAAAGCAUCUCACCUUUAAAACCUGGGGGAACAUGGAAGACAAAAAGGUCCUCCAUUUUGUGCCAUCUGAGGCUCAAUCCACCGGGACGUCCAAGAAUGGAUACCUGUUCCAAGAGAUGGAACUGCGGGAUGGGGAAAAGGAGGAUUGUGGGAAAGAUUCACCCGAUAUUGCCAAGGAUCCCAUCAAUGACAACGAGAUCCAGAUCAGCGGUUCAGAUCCUGAAUUUCCUGGGUUUGGGCUUUUGAACACAACAAGAAAAUAUGUGAAGCCGAUGAACUUCCAGGAGGAGGUGCGCGCCCACAAAGACCUGGACAGCUUCCUGGCCCAGGCAAGCAUCCUCUUGGAUGAGAAAGCCGUCACUCUGGACGAAGUCCUGAGGCGAAUGCUGACUCACGUGGUGGAGGACGGCCACGGCAGCUGUGAUGCGGACGAGGUCAUGACCUCGCUGUUCACGGACGCGGGAGGGAAGGAGUGCAACGUUCACCUCCUGACGGAGACCAUUCAGGGCGUGACUGCAUCGACCACCGGCAUCCACUACCAGCAGUCCUGGCUUUGCAUUCUCUGCAAUGUGAGGAGCCUGCAGAGACGUCACGUCUGUAUCGCCCGCCUGGAGAGGCCUCAGAACUGGGGAGUCAACUGCUGCGAGGCCCGAUUCGUCAUCCUCAUCCUGGCCCCUCCUCGAACGAAAAGCACCAAAACGGCCAUAGAGCUCGGAAGAACGUUUGGCACGAUGUUCUCGGACAUUUUCUUCAGACAGAAGCUUCUGGAGGCCAAGACCCAGGAAGAGUUCAAACAGGAGCUGGUCUUCCAGCGGCACCAGCUCUCCGUAGUCACAGAGAAGCUGGCCAAGGAGGAAGUAGAGGACUCAGAUCCACGGAGAGGGAAAGCGCUUCAGUUUAAGGAUUUCUUUCGGUUCAGUAAAGGUGUUUAUGACGACCUCCGCCGCAGACUCCCCCUCUACCCAUCAGACUUCACGGACGGUAUGAGUGGGAAGGACCGCUGUCUGCUGAAGUACACCACCACAGCCAUCUUCCUCUACAUCGCUAUUCUGCUGCCUGCCAUCGCAUUCGGUUCACUGAAUGACGAAAGCACAAGAGGGGAGAUAGAUGUUCAGAAGACCAUCGUUGGCCAGUGCAUUGGAGGAGUGAUCUACUCUUUGUUUGCCGGCUCACCGCUCGUCAUUCCACUGACCACUGCGCCGCUGGCCAUCUUCAUAAGCGUCAUCAGGGGAAUCUGCGACGACUACAAGCUGGACUUUGAGGCUUUCUACGCCUGCAUCGGUUUGUGGAACAGUCUGUUCCUCAUCCUCGGAGGCUUGUUCAAUGUCAGCCUGUUCAUGAAGCUCUUCAAACGCUCAACAGAAGAAGUCAUCGCGUUGUUCAUCUCCAUAGCGUUUGUCGGGGAUGCGGUGAAGGGCACUGUCAAAAUUUUUCAACACUUCUACCACGGUCCCACUCUGGCGACCACAAACAGCACGCUGGUGCUUGAGCAGAUCAAAGACAUUCUCGAGCAUCAUAAUGAGACUUGGUCUGUGACGGGACAUUCAGAACACGCAUCAGUCUUCCUGCCCGAAACUCUGGUGAUGACAACGAGAGAGAGGCCUGUCCUGUGUGUGCUGCUCAUGCUGGGGACUUUGUGGCUGGGUUACGCCCUCUACCUCAUCAAGAGGAGCCCUUAUCUGAACGGCAGAGUCAGGGAGGUGGUGUCUGACUGCGCUUUGCCGAUCUCUGUGUUGGUUUUCUCCUUCAUUGGCUCCUACCUGUUCCUUGACAUACAGCUUCCUGUGUUCAAUGUCCACAAUGGCCCCAUCUUCAACUUCCCUCCAUUUAAUAAGCUGUCGGCAAUGAACACACUGAGCGCGGUCGGCCUGGGUUUCCUCCUCGCACUGCUCAUCUUCAUCGACCAGAACAUCGUCAUCUCACUCACGCACGUUCCAGAACACAAGUUGCUAAAAGGAACCGCGUUCCACUGGGAUUUGAUGCUGACUGGUUUCAUCAACAUCCUGAUGUCCUGUCUGGGGUUGCCAUGGAUGCACGCCGCCUUCCCACAUUCCUCGCUGCAUGCCCGCCAGCUGGCCAAAGUGGAGCAGCACGUCGAGAACGGACACGUCUACUCAACUAUUGUCAGUGUGAAGGAAACUCGUCUGACCUCACUAGUGGCCAACAUCCUGAUCGGCCUGUCUGUCUUCAUGCUGCCCAUUCCUCUUCAAUGGAUCCCAAAGCCCGUCCUCUACGGCCUCUUCCUCUACAUCGCAGCCACUUCGCUCGAUGGGAAUCAGAUGGUGGACCGCAUGGCCCUGCUGCUGAAGGAACAGACCUCUUAUCCUCCUACUCACUACAUUCGCCGUGUGCCUCAGAGGAAGGUCCACUACUUCACAGCGCUGCAGAUGAUCCAGCUGAUCGUCCUGUGCGCUUUCGGGAUGUAUCCUCUGCCCUACAUGAAGAUGGUCUUCCCCCUCAUGAUGAUCCUGCUGGUCCCUGUCAGGACCAGCCUGCUUCCCCGAGCCAUCGACGCCAAGUACCUGGAUAUCAUGGACGCCCAGCACCAGUAGAACGACUGGUCACGCACAUUGUGAAAGGAUUCACUUUCUUCGGUUUGAGGGAGAAAAAUACUCUGAAUGCAAUGGAUGCGUUAAUGACGAAACAAAAUGCGUUUGGACUUCCGUGUGUGGAUGCAAGCACUCCGCUGGUGACCGGUUGGCAAUUUACUCCCCCAGAAGUGUUCUCAUUGUUCAUAGAGCAGGUACCAUCAAGGCAGCUGAUUUUCUUUAAAUAUGUCCCACCGCGUUGUGAAGUAGCGAGCCGUUUUAAAGUGUGAUGUGCGAGAGGAUUUCAGCGUUUAACGUACCGACUGUCAUUCAACAACGUCUGGACGACUUUCUCAAAUGCUAAAAAUGAGUCACCGAUUGCUGAUAGUUUGAAUCAACUCUUAAGUUGGAUGUCAUGCACAAUUUUUUUAAUGUUAAUAUGGUUGUGGUAAUUUGUUCUGUGCAUAGUCAUGUUUGAAUUAAAUCAAACUGCUGUUACACAAAAUAAUUGAAUCAACCGUUUUGAUUAUGCUGAACCUCUUAGAUAUUAAAAUCUAAACUCAUAACUGCUUGAGUAAAAGAAGACUUUCAAUAGUACACAAUUGAUUGAGAUGAGUGAAUGGUUGUACAGCUCUGAUUGUUGAAUUCCUCCAACAGAUGGCAGUAGAGGUUUAUCUUCAGGAUGGUUUGAGAUCAGGCUUGGCUCAUUAUCCACAUAUAUUUACCAAAAAAUAAGGCCAAUUGUCCAGCGUAAGAAGUGGAUAUUGUCGUGGAGAGGCAUUUCCACAAAAUACACCACUUUCAGAAGUUUUGUGGCAUUAUUUUGUUUUAUCUGUUUUAAGACACUGUUUUUAAAGCCAACAAACCAUCCAACUCUUACAUUUGAAUUGCAAAAAUUGCAUCGACCACUUCAUCACGAAUGCUCUUCAGACAUGUAUUAACCGUUUGUACUGAGUGCCUUGAAUACAUUUGCAGGCAGAAACAAAAGGAGGCUCAUUUUCACAUUGUGCUACAAUGAAGCAGGGGACGCAAUUAUCGUCUGUGGGCACACGCGUCUCUGUACGUGUAUUCAUGAAUACAGCCGAAGAAAAGAGUUGGUCGCAAUUCAGUCAGUAAUUUGGAAUUAAAUUGCCCAUAGAAAAUAACCUGUCUUUGUUGUCUAAACCAGACCUGGAAAGGACCAAGUGAAUGUGGUCUGAUAGCCAGUACGCUUCUUUCUCUUGAUUUAUACAAAGUAAAUUCUAUGAUCUUAACGUGCUUGAUUACACGUUUUGCUGAUUAGUCUCAUUGUCCGUUUGAGAACUACAUCGGAGUGUAAUUGAACACAGAGAUGUCUAAAUGACUAAAAUUCAACCUGAAUGCUGCAUCCGUCUUGCGUUUCUUCAAAUGAUCGUACUAACUGACACAGCGGCAUACAAGUGGACCCUGAUGACCUCAAUGUGGAGCCCUGUAGUCCGGUCUGCCUCAAUGAGUCAACUGUGGGCAUGGGUUUUUAAAAAUCAGACCAGCCCUGUGAGAUUAGUUACUUACCUAAUUAACAAGAGAGUGCUGACGAUGACACGCCUAUCAUCUCCGUCACCCACACGGAACAACCCUUCCUGAUCGGAGAUCCUUGGUGUAUCAUUUGUGCUCUUGUCUUUGCAGGUGCAGGCCGGCAUCUCCAUUAAGCCGUGGGAGUCCUUCACAUUUCUGGAGUCUCCUCCGUGUACCUAUGCAGACUAGUACACCUGUCUCGUCUCUUCCAUCUUCCAGAAGAGACGUCAGCGGAAAAAGAGUCCACGUGCCUUUGAUGCCCUGAAAGCUGCAGAACUUCCAACCUUUCUCAAGACAUUGCGCCGACGCCGGUCAGCUCUGUGUCUGAAGGUGCGAGGCAGCCGAGAGAGAAGAGCCUCCACCUCGCCGGUGUUGAUCUGCAGAAAUACACGCACGUAUUCGUCACGCAUAACUGCUUUCGCACACAAACGAAGAGACAAUCUCGCACAUCGUCUUACACCUCUGCCCUUCAUUUUCGGAAUGCUUACACUCGGUUCUCACACUUCCACUUUAUUCAGAUCAAAAGAGCAAGUGUGAAGACAAUACAAGCCACAUAAGAGGUCUUGCGCCACUCGCGUGGGCUGAGAAUAAGCAGCAAGGUGACAGUAGAGACAGAAAUCCACUGUAGUAGCUGCCGUAGGCAACCCUAGUGUGUCUUGCAUUAAUAACUAGGUUAUUCAAGCCCGGUGCUGAUGUAAGGAUGCAUUAAGGCCCAUCAUUGAAAUGGAACCGCUGUAUCAUUACAGACAAUGGAGCUGUGUGUGGUGCCGGUAGAUAAGCAGAGAGGAUUGGGCUUGUUGACGGGCAGUCCAGCAGGAGGUAUUGACAAAGCGCUGUGGGCUGCUUGAUGUGCAGUCAGUGUGGAAACAACAGAUACAACAGCCACAUGACAGACUCUGAAACACAACAUCACCAUGUGCCAAACACGUGCAAAAAAGAUAUUCUGGGAAAUGUCUAAUCUUUCUAUUCUUCAUGAAGUUUCUUGCAGCACAUUAGAUGAGAAGCAGAGAUCAGAGCAUCACUCAUGAGCUUACACCUGAUUACAAUUGCCUUUAAACCUCUUCAAGUAACAUCCUCGCGAUCAGUACAGAAACCGAAGCGUGAUCAAAACAGCGAUCUUCUAAUCUAACUCUCAAUAAACAUAUUUCCCCAAAUCUUGAGCUAUUCUUGCCUCCUGCCUCUUGUAUACCAAACAGGGCAUGAUUCAGCCUAUACAGUCACUGUGUCACUUUCUGAUGUUUGUUAAUAGAAAUAUAAAAGGGAAACUGUCAGACCAGCUCCAACACGGUGAUGCAAGCUGUCUUCAAUACUACACUUUGAUCAUGUGGAUGAUGAGAAACCAAUUACUUGCAUUAAUAAAAUCAAU